CAGCAAUCACUGACCGCCAUCUGUCCGCUCUACCAGUCUCCCAUCCCAUCUCGUAGUAGGGCGUUGGGCGCCACAGCUUGGUCUCGAUGGCUCUUACGCAACGCUUGAAGAAACGAAACAGGUCGGAUUCUGCCGUUACAGGCUCUCAGCUGGACGAGCAGCAACAGGCGGCCAAUGUUCAUAAUGAGAUUCAAGAAGACGUAAAGGAUACAUUGAAGGAUUUGAAAGGCAAACAGAAGGAGUUAGAAAAGCGAAAAGAUGGUCGACGGUUCUACACGACACGCCGCUUUCUCUUUCCCCUGGGAUUGUUGUUGGGAAUACUCGUCGGGGUCGUCUUGAUUCACCCCAACGACUUUUCGGAUUUCCAAACACAUCUCGCCCUUCUCAUGGAUGAAUUUGACAUCACUAUACCCGAAUUCUCCCCUCUGGAAUUCCCCCUCAUGAACUUCACACGGGUUGAAAUGGAGUGGCAACGACUAUGGAAGAACAUUCCCGAACCUUGGAAGCUCAACAACAAUGGAUUGGAAUUCACCGUGGGCGAGAAGAUCGCCGCAAAAGGUCUCUCAGCGAAAUAUCCCGUCGUCCUCGUUCCUGGAAUAAUCUCAACCGGUUUAGAGUCUUGGUCUACUUCGCUUGAGUACCGGCCGUUCUUCCGCAAGAAGCUAUGGGGUGGUUUCUCGAUGAUCUCUCAGGUCACAUUCAACCGCGACAAAUGGAUCGCCGCUCUCAUGUUAGAUCCAGUGACCGGUCUUGACCCACCUGGCGUCAAGGUCAGAGCUGCUGAGGGAAUAGAUGCUGCGAGCAGCUUCAUACAGGGAUACUGGCUCUGGUCGAAGAUUGUGGAGAACCUCGCUGUGGUUGGGUAUGACACAAACAAUCUCCAUCUUGCGCCGUAUGAUUGGCGUCUCUCCUUCUACAAUCUCGAGGAACGUGACGGAUAUUUCUCUAAACUCCGGGCUACUAUCGAAGGCUUUGUCGCUCGUGAGAAUCGCAAGGUGGUAUUGAGUGCCCACUCGAUGGGAAGCACGUACUUUCUGAAAUGGGUCGAGUCGCCUCUCCAUGGCAAGGGUGGCCCCGACUGGGUCGAGAACCAUAUAGAAGCGUUCAUCACCAUUGCUGGGACGCAUCUGGUACGUCUUGCCAAGGCCAUGUCAGCUUUCCUCUCUGGUGAGAUGAAGGAUACGGUUCAGAUCAACCCAGCUGGCGCAUACGUGCUCGAGCGGUUCUUCUCUCGUAAGGAGCGGCAGAAGCUCUUCAGGAGUUGGGCAGGGAGCGCCAGCAUGUGGAUCAAGGGUGGUGACGAUGUCUGGGGCAACGUGACCUUUGCGCCAGAUGAUCGCGCCAACGCAACCCAUAGCCACGGGCCUCUGAUCGCGUUCCGGGCAAGCUCCCCAGCUCUGGACGGCGAUAGCGACCUUUACAACAUGACGUCGGGUCCGGCUGGAACGUGGAUCCUCGAGCGCACGCCGACUACAUUCCAGAAAAUGUUGGCGAGCAAUUACUCGUUCGGUCUCGAGCGAGACGUUGAGAAGCUCAAAGCGAACAACCUCGACUUCACAAAGUGGACGAACCCGCUCGAGAUCCAGCUUCCCAAUGCACCCUCGAUGAAGAUCUAUUGCGUAUACGGCCACGGAAAGGACACGGAACGGUCGUACUGGUACACCCAACAAAACUACGAAUACGACGAGAUCCAGCCGGACUCGCCCGUCGCGCUCUGCGCGGAGGACGACCCGGCGCACGAGGGCAACUGCACCUCGCCGCGCCCGCCGCUCGACAUGCCCAUGUACCGCGCGACGUACAUCGACGCGGAGUACACGGACGAGGCGAUCGACCCGCCCGUGAUCAACGGCGUGAAGAUGGGCGAGGGCGACGGGACGGUCAGCCUGCUCAGCUUGGGCGCCAUGUGCGUCGAGGGCUGGAAGAGGGAGCGGUGGAACCCCGCGGGGAUCAAGGUGACGACGGUCGAGCUGCCGCACAAUCCGGUUGCGACGAUACCCCGUGGAGGAGGGACGACCAGCGACCAUGUCGACAUCCUCGGCGCGACGGGCUUGAACGAGAUCAUCCUGCAGGUUGCUACGGGCGCGGGGGACGAGGUCAAAGAUUCGUUCGUGUCCAACAUACGGGAGUAUGCGAAGCGGGUCAAGUGGGAUUGAAAUCGCCGGGGCCCUUUCUUUGUUACGGCCACUCUAAUAAUAGGACUUACUAGUAGUGGGAAUACUUCCCUACCACAUACCUACCGUGUUUGGUACCUAGGAGCCACCCUCUAGACUAUGAUACGAAUUUGAUACCAAUAGGAACGGAAUGACCGGGGAGUAGCCUCACUUCGCUUGAAAGCAUGUAGCAGGGACGACUAGAGAUAAA